GGAGAUGCUUGCAAGCCUUCGGGUUUAGAGGGUAGUCGCGUGGGUUGUUAAUGGCGCUCGAGUCGUACAAUCGAGGCCAGAAAGCUCACAAUUUCAGUGCUGCUGACGGUGCUGUCGGUGAUGUUAGAAUAAGGCGGACAUGUAAUAAUGGCACCUAACAUGGUUUGCUACUCAAUUAACGGUUUUCAUUCACAUAGUGUUUUAACAUAGCAGUGCGUGAACCACAAAAAAAAUUUAACAUAGGAAAAAAGAAACAACCCCCCUCUGUUUGUUAUUAUUGUUAUAUUUAUAUACAUAUAUUAUAUAUAUAUAUUGUUGAAGUGCAGUGUUUGUUGAGGAUUUUUUUCACACCCUAAGAAACUUUUCUCAACAAUCAAGUUGGUGAUUACAAGAAACAAUUUUUUGUGGAUUAAAAUAAAGGAAAAGAGAAAAGAAAAAAGAUGUCGUCGGUGAAGGUGGCGGUGCGGGUUCGUCCCUUCAAUAACCGAGAGAUAUGCCGCGAAGCACAAUGUAUUAUCGACAUGAAUGGAAAUACCACUUCCAUUACAAAUCCAAAAGCACCAACAGGUACUAAAGAUGCCAUCAAGAGUUUUAAUUACGACUAUUCCUACUUUUCAAUGGACUCAAACGAUAUUGAUAAUUAUUCAUCGCAAAUUAUGGUUUAUAAAGAUAUUGGCGAAGAAAUGUUGGAACACGCUUUUGAAGGUUACAACGUUUGUAUAUUCGCCUAUGGUCAAACUGGAGCCGGAAAAUCAUAUACAAUGAUGGGAAAGCAAGAGGAGGGCCAAGAGGGUAUUAUUCCACAAAUUUGCAAGGAUCUUUUUGGUAAAAUCACAUCAAAUUCAAAUGAACAAUUAAAAUAUUCAGUUGAGGUCAGUUAUAUGGAAAUUUAUUGCGAGAGAGUUCGUGAUCUUCUUAAUCCAAAGAAUAAAGGUAAUCUUCGUGUGAGGGAACAUCCCCUAUUGGGUCCCUACGUUGAGGAUCUUUCUAAAUUGGCUGUGAUGUCCUAUCAAGAUAUUCAUGAUCUCAUUGACGAAGGAAAUAAGGCCAGAACCGUGGCGGCUACGAAUAUGAACGAGACCUCGAGUAGGUCGCACGCUGUCUUUACGAUUUUCUUCACACAACAGAAACAAGACUCAAUUACGGGAUUAAUUACGGAGAAAGUCAGUAAAAUUUCGCUUGUCGAUUUAGCGGGCUCGGAAAGGGCAGACUCGACAGGAGCGAAAGGAACGAGAUUGAAGGAGGGCGCAAAUAUCAAUAAAAGUUUAACAACACUUGGAAAAGUCAUUAGUGCACUUGCUGAAAUUGCGGCAACAAAGAAGAAGAAGAAAGCAGAUUUCAUUCCCUAUAGAGAUUCAGUCCUGACUUGGCUUCUUCGUGAAAAUUUGGGAGGCAAUUCGAAAACGGCAAUGAUUGCAGCAAUCAGUCCCGCUGAUAUUAAUUAUGACGAGACACUUUCGACUCUAAGAUAUGCGGACAGAGCGAAACAAAUUGUUUGCAAGGCCGUUGUCAAUGAGGAUGCAAAUGCCAAACUCAUCAGAGAACUCAAGGAGGAAAUUCAAAAACUUCGAGAACUUCUCAAACAAGAAGGCAUCGAUUAUCACGAGGGAGAUGAAAUCAUUAGGUCGAAACGAGAGGGUGAUAUGAAGGAAUCUCGACAGAGGAUUCCGUCUCAUCCGACGUCGACUCUUGCCGAAGAGGCCGUUGAACAAUUGCAGGCUUCAGAAAAACUCAUAGCCGAGUUGAAUGAGACAUGGGAGGAGAAACUAAAACGAACAGAAGCAAUUCGCCUGCAACGUGAAGCUGUAUUUGCGGAAAUGGGCGUCGCAGUAAAAGAAGACGGCGUAACUGUUGGUGUAUUUUCUCCAAAGAAAACACCGCAUUUGGUGAAUUUAAAUGAAGAUCCUUCGAUGUCUGAAUGUUUGAUUUAUUACAUCAAGGAGGGUUUCACAAGAGUUGGAAGUGCCGAGGCAAACAUUCCCCAAGAUAUUCAACUUUGUGGUCCACACAUUCUCAGCGAGCAUUGUGUUUUCGAAAGUCACGAAGGAAUUGUCACUUUAAUACCAAGAAAAGGUGCUCUAAUUUACGUAAACGGUCGCGAAGUGACGGAAUCAAUUAUUUUGAAAACUGGAUCACGAGUAAUUCUUGGAAAGAAUCACGUUUUUCGAUUUAAUCAUCCGGAUCAAGUUCGUGAGCGUAGGGAGAAAAGUUCACCAGCCGAAACACCAGGAAAUGGGGAAACUGUUGAUUGGAAUUUUGCACAAAUUGAACUUCUCGAGAAGCAGGGAAUCGAUCUUAAAGUUGAAAUGGAGAAGAGAUUGCUUGUUCUCGAGGAGCAAUUUCGAAAGGAAAAGGAGGAAGCAGAUCAACUUUUUGAAGAACAAAGAAAGAAUUACGAGGCAAGAAUCGACGCUUUACAGAAACAAGUUGAAGAACAAAGUAUGACAAUGUCGAUGUAUAGCAGUUACACUCCGGAAGACUUUAAUAAUAUAGAAGAAGACAUUUUCGUCAACCCAUUGUUUGACGCAGAGAGCAACUGGGGAGAACGGGAAUUUCAGUUGGCUGCUUGGGCAUUUCGUAAAUGGAAAUAUCAUCAAUUUACAAGUCUUCGCGAUGAUCUUUGGGGUAAUGCCAUUUUCCUAAAGGAGGCAAAUGCCAUUUCUGUCGAACUCAAGAAGAAGGUACAAUUUCAAUUUAUACUCCUCACUGAUACUCUGUACUCGCCAUUGCCGCCUGAUCUUUUGCCAGCGAUAGAAGAUGAGGAGGAGGACGAGAGACCAUUUCCUAGAACAAUUGUUGCAAUUGAAGUUCAAGACACGAAAAAUGGCGCCACUCACUAUUGGACUUUAGAUAAACUCAGACAACGCUUGGAACUGAUGCGACAUAUUUACAAUGAAGACUUGAGUCUCAACACUCCGGAGGCUAAAGAGGAUAUUUUCCAAUGUCUUAUGGUCCACUCAAAUCCGAAGUUAUCGUUCGCAAAUCUUUUGCCUUCGAGACAGCGACUUGAAUUGAUGAGAGAAAUGUAUCACAAUGAAGCUGAAUUAUCACCGACUUCUCCCGAUUAUAACAUCGAAACGAUCACUGGAGGAGAUCCAUUCUAUGACCGAUUCCCCUGGUUCCGUAUGGUUGGAAGAUCCUUCGUUUACUUGAGCAAUCUAAUGUAUCCGGUGCCAUUAAUCCACAAAGUUGCAAUUGUCAAUGAGAAAGGCGACGUGAAGGGCUAUUUGCGAGUUGCGGUGCAAGCCGUCGUGGAAGAGGAAAACAGUGAAUAUUCAAGUGGCGUUCGACAGUCGGCACGAAUUUCGUUUGAAGAUGAUUUAUUCGGUGGUCAUAAGCACAGUAAGCGGAAUACACUUCUGGCGCAGACACUCGAGAAGAAUCAGCAAAUUCUCCUGCAGGAGGAGAGAGUUGUCGAGGGACAUACUGAGACUAAGGAUAUUAAGGACGAGGAGGAGGUUGGCGACGCUGACAGUGGUAGGGGCGAUAGUUCAGUGUCAAGCGAUAUGAAGGAGGAGGAUCUUCCAGAUCAUCUUCAAUCUGGCGUUGAAUUCACAUUCCGAGUCACUGUUCUACAAGCAAUGGGAAUUUCCACUGAAUACGCUGAUAUAUUUUGCCAAUUCAACUUUCUACAUCGGCACGAUGAGGCCUUUUCUACAGAACCGGUUAAAAAUACUGGAAAGGGAAAUCCACCUGGAUUCUAUCAUGUUCAAAAUAUAACGGUUACAGUGACCAAGUCCUUUUUGGAGUACCUAAAAACCCAACCAAUUGUUUUCGAAGUCUUUGGCCACUAUCAGCAGCAUCCGUUGCAUAAAGAUGCUAAACUCGAUUACGUGAGGCAGCCACCGAAGCGAAUGUUGCCGCCCUCGAUUCCAAUCAGCCAACCAGUGCGCUCACCUAAAUUUGGCAGUGUCCUACCAUCGCCGAGUACAUCUCACGUUCAUGCCAAAUACGAUGUUUUGGUUUGGUUUGAAAUUUGUGAAUUGGCACCAAAUGGAGAAUACGUUCCAUCAGUCGUUGAUCACAGUGAUGACUUGCCUUGUCGCGGUCUAUUCCUUCUGCAUCAGGGAAUUCAGCGGCGAAUUCGAAUUACAAUUGUCCAUGAGCACGCCAGUGAAUUGAGAUGGAAGGACGUGAGGGAAUUGGUGGUGGGACGUAUUAGAAAUACACCCGAGCCAGAGGAAGAGGAUAAUGAUUCAUCUGUUUUGUCACUGGGAUUAUUCCCCGGUGAAUAUCUUGAAAUACCAGGCGACGAUAGAUGUAUGUUUAGAUUUGAGGCCGCUUGGGAUAGUUCACUUCAUAAUUCGGCAUUGCUCAAUAGAGUCACUUCUUAUGGUGAACAGAUAUUUAUGACCAUCUCUGCAUAUCUUGAGUUGGAGAACUGUGGAAGACCGGCAAUUAUAACAAAAGAUUUGAGUAUGAUCAUUUACGGUCGAGAUGCGAGAGUUGGGCCCAGAUCUUUGAAACAUUUGUUCAGCGGCAGUUAUCGUAAUCAGGAGGCGAACAGACUGAGUGGAGUUUAUGAACUUGUACUUCGUCGUGCUUCCGAAGCAGGAGUACAAAGACGACAACGUAGAGUCUUGGACACAAGUUCCACUUACGUUAGGGGCGAAGAAAAUCUCCACGGCUGGAGGCCACGAGGCGAUAGUUUGAUUUUCGAUCAUCAAUGGGAAUUGGAAAAAUUAACGAGACUCGAGGAGGUGGAAAAAGUCCGACACACUCUUCUCCUGCGGGAGAAACUCGGCAUUGACAAAGUUCCAUUUUGCAACAAAACAAUGCACGACUUCACUAAAAGUGAAAAGGAGGUUUGUAAUAUGGUGGCUAAGGCAACAAAUGAGCCGCACGCCAGUCCAGUGAAAUUGAAAAAAUCAACAAGCAAAGAUGUUUAUGAGCCAUGGGAAAUGACGGAGAGGGAACGUGAAUUAGCGACAAAAUAUGUGAAAUUAAUUCAGGGGAGAAUUCCAAGUAAGGAACCAAUUGUUCUUACUGAUGUAUCGCCUGGUGAGGAUACAAUAACUGAUCUUUCCACAUCGAUGAUGUCCUCGGUUAUAUCAUCAUCAUCACAAGAGUCAGUAUAUUCGCGUAAUGAUUUUUCGCAGGUAGUACAGGAAUGUUACUUGCAGCCAACAGGAUUGAUUGUGAAGAGCAGUUCUAAGUCAUGCAUCUUUAGGUUGAGUUCCCCGGAGAGGGCGAGACUUCAGGAAUUACAGGAGAGUAUAUUGGCAGGAGAGGCUGCCAGUCAAGCGAAUAGUAUUGCACCAGCGCCUCUUGGUUCCACUUCACCGCUCAAAGAAAGUCUCGUUCUCUAUGUUCCCGAAGUGGAAGAAAUUCGCAUUAGUCCCGUUAUUGCCCGAAAGGGUUAUUUGAACGUUUUGGAGCACAAGACGAAUGGUUGGAAGAAACGAUGGGUGGCCGUUCGUAGACCCUAUGUAUUUAUCUUCAGAGAGGAAAAAGAUCCAGUUGAGAGAGCUUUAAUUAAUUUAGCAACAGCACAGGUCGAAUACUCUGAGGAUCAAUUAGCUAUGGUUAAAGUACCAAAUACUUUCAGCGUUGUGACUAAACAUCGAGGCUAUCUUUUACAAACUUUAGGCGAUAAGGAAGUUUAUGACUGGCUUUAUGCAAUCAAUCCUCUUCUCGCCGGACAAAUUAGGUCAAAAUCGGCCCGCAAAAUACCAGUUUCAAAUGUAAUACCAAUGACAGUGACGCCUGAAUUUCAAGCACCAACAAAGUGAAUUGCAAAAGUUAUAAAAGUUGCGAUAGCCUCGAAAUAAUGAUGCUAUAACGGUCUCUCACUCUAUCCUCGAAUCACAAAACAGACCUUUUGUAGCUUUCGGUUUUUCCGGUGAUUCUUCAUCAAUGAACUAAUUAAUAACCAAAGUGUGCGUCUUUUCAGUAUUUUCAACAAAAAACAAAAGCAAUUUCUCACUUAUUUGAGAUUUUUGCUUUAAACGAGAGAAUGUAAUUCAAAAAAAGGCUCACAUUCCUCGCUCGUGAUACAUUCAUAAAAAAAGAAGAAAAAUUACAUUUUCUGCAAUUUUAAUACUUUACAAUUCCCAUUCUCUGGGCAUUUUUUACCAUUUAUGAAAAAAUGUUCCCCAGACGAAAAAGUGGAAGAAAAUAACGAGGAACAAGAUUCUCAUUUAUCUAGUCAUGAUUUUUUUUAAUUUCCUUUUUUUUGACGUGUGUGUCGAUCACACACAGUGAGAUUUGUAUGUUUGCAGAUUGUUGAGCAAUGUGUACACGUAAAAGAGAAAUUAAAUAAAAAGAGGAAAAAGAACUUGGAAGCUUUUUUUUUUUUUUUGAAUUCUCAAUUGAAACUCAAAAGAAAAUAAUUUUCUUCUUAAUUGACAGACAGCUUCGAAGUGAUUUUUUUCCCUGAUUAAAAAUACACUGCGAAGAGGAAAGAAAGCUACAUAUGCCUAAUCAACACGCAAAAAAGAAAAAAAAUUCCUAACACGACACAAAAAACGCACGUUUGUUAUAAAAUAUAUGCGUUUUUUUUCAUUUUAGGAAUAUAAUUUUUAUUUUAAUUGUCGUCGAGGCUGCAUCGCAAAUUACGCUUACAUUGAAUACUUUAGAUAAAAACCUUUUUUAAAAAUCUCAAAAGGAAAAAAAAAAUAAUGAAAAUAAUUUUUAAUUUUAAUGAAUGAAAAAAAAAAAUUUUAAUCUCCAUUUUUCAACGUUGUAGACCAAAAAAUGAUAUUUACUAAGGCACAAUAUUUGACAAGUGUAAAUGCGAAACAAGAAUGCGUAAUACUCUUGCAUUUAUUCGUCACGUUCAACAUUUUUUCUUUUUCUUCGCAAGAAAAUAAAAAUUUUCUUUAGAAAAUAAAAAAUGUUAUUCCAAUUUUUUUUGAAAAUAAUUUUUUUAAAAAAUAUUUUUUUUUAAUUGGGAAAAAGUGCAAUGACUCAUCUCUUGCUCAAAGAGAUUUUUUUUCAAUUCAAGAAAAAAUUCACUUAAUUAUUUAUUAUUUCGAAUUUCGAUAAUUACUCAAAAAUGUAUAGUUGAAAAAAUAGUCCCUGUAAUAUUAAGAAUCGAUUCGAGGAAAAAUAAUUUUCUUUCUACGAUACAAAUUCUUGUUGUUGAAAUUUUUCGUUAUUUUUGAAAUUUUAUUUUUGACUCACUGAAGCAGAACACGGCCUUUUAGCGAAUUUACAUAAUUUUCUGUUUUGGUAAAAAAAAGGGAAUUUUUUUUUUCUUCUCGAUUUGUACAUAAGAAAAAUGUCUCCCUGCGUUAUUAGAAGAAAAUGCUCUUUUUUUUGUGAUUAUUUCUCGAUUUCUGAAAACCGAGCAUUUUUCCCCCCCUGUUUGUACAAAUAGUUUACAAAUUGUCAUAAUUACAGUUACAGUUAUUAAUUUCCGGAGGCGCAUGAAUUUUGUUUAAAUUCGUAUUUAUUACAAUAUUAUUUUCAAUUAAGACGAGUUAUUUUAAUAAAAAAUACUCAUUAAAUUCACUAUUAUAGUAAUUAAAAUUUUUGAUGGUAAUAAUU